AUGCAAAUAUUCGUCAAUUCUUUCACUCUUUCCGACAUAGAUGUAGAUGGAAAGGCCUUUGAUGAGGUUUCCAGGGGAGUGUUCACAAAUGAAAGCACAACUUUAAUAAUGGACUAUCAUGCAGGAUUGUUUAAUCACAAAAAAAUGGACAAAGUAAAUAUUGCACUUUUUUCAGAAGAAGCAGAUUUCACAGAGAAGGACAUUCCCGAGAAGUAUGGGUAUUUAAUGGGAAAUGGAAUAGUAUAUGAAACAAAGAUAAAUGGAAAUCGGCAGACUAUAGACAUUUCCUUUUCAGGCCUUUUAGUGAGUUUAGAUAUAGAAGUGGGCAUAAUAAAAGAUAUAAAUAACUACAAGAGGCUGUAUAUAGGUGUUGAAGGCACACAACAGCACAAAAACCACAAAUAAAAUUGGCAAAAUACAGAAAUAUGGCCUAAUAAUAGAAUAAACGCUGACAGCACU